AUGGAGCUGAUGGAGCAACUGGAAACUGGAGGAAUUCAAUCAGAUGAACACGGCGGAAAAGAGUUUCGAAGCUCAAACGAAACCAUAAUGGAGGUGUACGCGGCUCGUUUAAUGGCUCAAUUGGAGAAUUCAUGCUUGGCUGGGACAUCACCUCUCGGACGCACAUCGAUGACACAAGAAUUCGACGGACAGUUGGCUGCGUUGGAGCUGGCUUGCGCGAAGUGA